UCCAUCUCCACUCUUAGCUCACACACACACACUCUCUCUCUUUCUCUAGCCAUGGCUGCUGCAAAAAUCUUAAAGAGAAAAAGAUUUCAAGCUUUAAAUCCUCUCUCUUCCGCGGAACCACAGAAGAAAACCCAUCAAAAAAUUGAAGAAGAUGAAGAAUACGAUGAUACUCAUUGUGAAGAAUGUGGAUCUGGCGAUAACGCCAACGAGCUUCUUCUCUGUGAUAAAUGUGAUUUAGGUUUUCAUUUAUAUUGUCUCCGACCUAUAUUAGUUUCAGUCCCUAAAGAUUCUUGGUACUGCGCAGCUUGCACCCAAGACAAAAAGCUCAAAAAAUUUCCUCUUGUUCAGACUAAAAUAGUUGAUUUCUUCCGGAUUCAAAGAUCUUCAGAUUUGACUCAGAAGCCGUGUAAGGACAUUAGAAAGAGACGGAAGAGUCUAGUUAUGUCUAAGAAGAAGAGGAAGCUUUUGGCUUUCAAUCCAACGGAGGAUCCUGAAAGGAGAUUGGAGCAAAUGGCUUCGUUGGCUACAGCAUUGACGACAACUGGUACCAAAUUCAGUAAUUAUCUCACAUAUGUGGACGGAUUAGCUCCUAGAUCAGCAAAUAACCCUACUCUCGAGGAUGGAGGAAUGCAGGUUUUGCCAAAAGAAGAUAUUGACACCCUAAACUUGUGCAAGAGCAUGAUGGAAAGAGGAGAAUGGCCUCCUCUUUUAGUUGUCUUUGAUCCACAAGAAGGGUUCACUGUAGAAGCAGAUAAGCCUAUCAAGGAUUUGACUAUAAUUACUGAGUAUACUGGCGAUGUUGAUUUCUUAAAGAACCGUGAACAUGAUGAUGGUGAUAGUAUGAUGACCCUAAUUUCUGCAUCUGAUACUUCACAAAGCCUUGUUAUAUGUCCUGAUAAGCGUGGAAACAUUGCUCGAUAUAUCAAUGGCAUCAACAAUCACAGCCCGGAAGGAAGGAAGAAGCAGAAUCUUAAAUGUGUAAGAUUUAACGUCAAUGGCGAAUGUCGUGUCCUACUGAUUGCAAAUAGAGAUAUAAAGAAGGGUGAACGAUUAUACUACGAUUAUAAUGGACUAGAACAAGAGUACCCAACUGAACACUUUGUCUAAUUUAUCUUAUUUUACUUGCUAAACCUGGAAAAAUUGUGAUACUCCUAUAAGUUGUGUUGUUACCCAUUUUAUUGAAAUCUAACAUAAUCUGUUGAAGCUCAUAUUGGGCUCUGACGACAAAUGUACAAGAACACAAAUUUUCAAGAAAUGAGAAGAGAGAAUUUAGAGGGUACUAAU